AAUUUAAGUGUGACAUACAUAACAUGUAUAAUGGAUAUUGUAAUCUCAUGAAACAAACUAAAUUUAAAUGCUAAAAUUACAACAAAACAACAAUUAAUCUUACACAAGGUUUUAAUCGCUAAUUUUUAUUUUUUCUUGUUAUUCAUUACAGUAAAACGUUUAGGAAAAAACCAGAAGCAGUUGUAACAACAGCAGCAGCAACAAAAAGACAAAGAACUGUGGAAAUUAUCAUAAUUCACAUGCGAGCUUAAAAUCGUCGCGCUUAAAAAAACAAAAAACUCAUUUGAGUUGUGAAAAUAAUUGUUCUCGAGUGGCAAAGUUCUUUCUUCCUUUUUUUAUGUAAAUAAAUUUUGAGCAUAGAUUAUGGAGCAGAACACGUCAAAUGUUUGUGUAGCAACGACGAGUAUAAAAUCAACAAAAGCGUUGAAAGAUGAUGCAAUCCCAAUUUAUGCCACAGUCGUCCCAUCAAGUACAAGAAAAGCGAGACAACAACAACAGCAACAGCAAGGAGAAGUCACAAAGCAAACACAACAAAAUCAACAACCUGUUUGCGGUAGUGCAAACUUACCAACUGCAUAUGACCACCGUCCAUCAAAUGUUGACGAUAACGAACGAGACGAUAACAAUUAUGAAUGUACAUCUGGAGAGUCAGAUGAUGAAUCAUUAGAGCUCUGGUCGCAUGAAAUUCCGGUCUGGAUAAAAGGCGAACAACGAUGGAUAUCAGGUGUAACAGAUCAGACAACAUGCAUUGAUUUAAUUGAAGCUUUAUUGAUCGACGAAGGUGUAAUCAAAAGCACAAAUGACAGCAAUAACAAUGCGGGAGCUACCAAUCUUUAUUCUACCAAAGUUAAUGAUUAUUUCAUAGCAGAACGUUGGCGUCGUGUCGAGCAAGUUCUUGAUCCACGAACGAAAAUUCUUAAAAUAUGGACGGCAUGGGGCGCUGAACAAUCUGAGGUCAAAUUUACGUUGAAGCGUCGCUCUGAUUCCCACCAUUCAUCACAUCAUCAAAGUCAAAGUCAGGCACAACAGACAACGACAGGUGAUCGAGACAGCGGUCGCGGAAGUCCAACAGGAAGCAUAAACAGCGCAAUUGUCAGACGACGAAGACAUAGAGCUUCACGUUCUACAUUCGCUUGGAUGACGCAUGGUCAGACGAUCCACCCGAAAUCACAGAAGAACAGCAUUGAACGGCUAAUGAAGUUGAUUUUGGAGCAAGGCGAAGUUAUUCAACAGCAAUUGGCGAAAUUGAGAGACCGCGAGCUUGAAAUAUCAACAAUUGAAGAAGAACGUCAUAAGGUUCGCGAGAAAGAGCAUGGAAAGAAUUACUUGUUGGAAACGUAUUUGAAGGGCUUACCAGAUGCUGACGAUAAACAAGAACUUGCUGCUGGUAACAGCGACUCAGGCGUUCAUACUGAAGAGACGGCAGCAUCGCCUGUGGUGCAACAUGAUGACGAAAUCAGUGACACGCUGAUACCUUUAAACGAACCGUCGUCAAGUGAUUACAAAAUCAUUGGAUCAAAGAAACGUCGCUCAAAGCGGGAACAUGAACUGAUGCUGGAACAUCAAUCAACUAAAGAAUAUUCAAGUGCAAUAAAGGAUGAAAAGAAAUCAAAAUCCGUUGAAGGUGCUGAAGCAAGUGGCAGCAAUGAUGUACCAAUAGACAGUGAAGUGGCAGCACAAAUUGACAUUCUUGAGAAGCUCAUUGUUUUGAAUAAACAUUUACAACGAGAGGAAGAGCUUUGUGUGCGACUGAGUGCAAAAAUUAAACGCUACGAAGCGGAUGCCUCGGGACUUUCAGAAGCGCAAGUAAAAGAAUCGCUGAGCCGUGUAAAUGAACAGUUAGACACAAAGAAUUACGAAAUAGCAAAAAUGGAAACAGAAAUUAAAACAUCUGACGAUGCUUUGAAUGCCAAAACGAAUUUUUUGAAAAAACUUUAUGAUGAACUGGAAGAAGCUGAGGUGGAACAGAAAAAAUCUGAGGUCAAUGCAGAAACGCCAUCGUCGCAAAUCAAAGCGGAAAAGUGUGAAGAGCUCAGCAUGAGUCGUGAAUAUUUGGCCGAAAAUAUUUACAACAUCAGUAAAAUAAUUUUAAAGAACAGUGGCCCACCUUUGAGUCAACAAACUUCCGUUGAUUUCAUUCGUCACACUCCCGACUUAUUAUCGAAUGACGUGCAGCCAAUGCCAUUGUUGAAUAAACAAGCUUAUCAAAUGCCAAACUGCUUGACAGAAAAACGAGUCAUUCAAGCGCAAAUUCACACAAUUCCAACAAGCGUUCAGCAGUCCAAAGUCACUUCCGAGGUUCCAUUGCCACUCAAUCAUCAAUGGGAACAGUGUAAAAAAUACAAUGAUGCAAUGCAAGCAUCAAUGAAUUAUCUUGCAACCAUCAACCAAAGAAUUCAGAAAAGCAAUCAUAUUGAAACAGACAUUAACAACGCUAACAAUCCAAUCAUGCAAGCUACCCAAUAUAAAUUAGGUCCAAAGAAAUUACUGAUCAAUACCCAAGUUAUAAAUAGCAAUUUGAAUAGUGUUAAUGAGAACAGAAAUAGUAUUUAUAAGCGAAGUUUAAUUUUACAUCAACCAAAUGAUUCUGCAGCUGCUUAUGGUGGUGUCGACUUGGCUGGUGAUGCUUCACAAUUAGGAACGCUCGUAUAAUGUGAGAGCGAAUGAAUGGAAGCAUUAAAAAUAAUCUCACACCCAGUUCGCAAACAUAAUUUCACUUUUUUUUUAUUUUUUUCAUUUUUGUGUGUAUCUUUCACUUGAAGCUUUUAAUUUUGGUUUUUUUGGUUGUAAAUGGGGUGAAUACGAAAGUGAUAUCACAUUUGUUUAAGUAUUGUUCAUUUAUAUUAUAUUUUCAUAUCACGUAACUUACAAACUUUCCCCACCAUCCCAAUGAAAUUUCACUCUCCAAAAUAAUCUUUUUCUAUUUGUUUGCCUAGUCACAAUUAAGUAUGUAAAAGUUUGUGUGUUUUUUAUUAAUUUUAUUAUUUUUUUGUGUCUUUAUGUUUUUACUGCAAAAAUAUUUUGAUUUUAAAAGUUUUUUUAUAUCGAAAACUUCUAAUGCUCAUCAUGUUGUGUUUUUAAUAAAGUUGCUUAGUUGAUUUGAUGAAAAA